GCGUUCCUCUCCUACUCAUUCACCGUUCCCCACCUGAAAACGGUUUCACUCUACAAGUAUUAGCACAGGCCAGCAGUGUGGUCUUAACACAUCGAGCCUUUAUAUUUAAGGCAAGGAGAAGCAGUCGGCCGAUGCGUCUUGGAGUUACAUCUUCUCGUCGUCUCACCACAGGACUCAUGUUUCCACACACCUCCGCUUCGAGCGAUACGUUUUGGGGAGUCAGAGUUUCGUGAAACUAAACUAUGAUCUGCGGCCGCGUUGAGGAAUGUCUCCGGUAUUCUUGUGUGGCACAAGACAGCCCAAACGCAAACGACCUGGUCAGGAAGAAAGCCGAGUCCCUGUUUGGAUUAUGUGUCUGACUAACAUAAACAUAUGGAAGAAAUAGAAAAGUGAGCACAUGGGAAAACCACCAGGAAUGAAUCGCUCUCUCUUUAAGAUUUUGGCAGCUGUAUUUACAUUUAUGGAGACGAACAACUUCAGAGUUGUGGACGCCAAGGAGCACGAUUCCAGAUCCUCCAACAUGUCUCCAUCAGACUUUCUGGACUCACUCAUGGGUCGCACGUCUGGGUAUGAUGCGCGAAUAAGACCGAAUUUCAAAGGUCCACCAGUUAAUGUUACCUGCAACAUAUUUAUCAACAGCUUUGGUUCUAUAGCAGAAACAACAAUGGAUUACAGAGUGAACAUCUUCCUGCGGCAGAAGUGGAAUGACCCUCGGCUGGCGUACAGUAAAUACCCAGAUUCCUCCCUCGACCUGGACCCAUCCAUGCUGGACUCCAUCUGGAAGCCUGACCUCUUCUUUGCCAACGAGAAGGGGGCCAACUUCCACGAUGUCACUACAGACAACAAGCUGCUGCGCAUCUUCAAGAAUGGAAAUGUCCUCUACAGCAUCAGGCUGACUCUCAUUCUCUCAUGUCCAAUGGAUCUGAAGAACUUUCCAAUGGAUGUUCAAACUUGUACGAUGCAACUGGAAAGUUUUGGCUACACUAUGAAUGACUUGAUCUUUGAGUGGCUGGAGAAAGGCGCAGUGCAAGUGUCAGAGGGACUCACCCUGCCUCAGUUCAUUAUGAGGGAUGAGAAGGAGCUGGGCUACUGCACAAAACACUACAACACUGGCAAAUUCACCUGUAUUGAAGUUAAAUUCCACCUGGAACGCCAGAUGGGCUACUACCUGAUCCAGAUGUACAUUCCUUCCCUCCUUAUUGUCAUUCUCUCAUGGGUGUCUUUUUGGAUUAAUAUGGAUGCUGCACCUGCCAGAGUGGCGCUGGGCAUCACCACUGUGCUUACCAUGACUACUCAAAGCUCUGGGUCCAGAGCUUCUCUUCCAAAGGUCUCCUACGUCAAAGCCAUUGAUAUCUGGAUGGCUGUGUGUCUGCUCUUUGUAUUUGCUGCAUUGCUAGAAUAUGCUGGGGUUAAUUUUGUCUCCAGGCAACAGAAAGAGUUCCUCCGUCUAAGGCGAAGACAAAGAAGGAAUCACAAGGAUGAAGACAUGCGUGAAGGCCGUUUUAAUUUUACUGGCUACAACAUGAGUCAGUGUUUGCCAACAAAGGAUGGCUCAGUUGUUAAGAAUGCAGCUCUUCCUCCAAACCCUCAACCAACAGUCCAGAAGGACGUGGAUGCUAUGAGGAAAAAGUUUGUGGACAGAGCUAAAAGGAUAGACACCAUCUCCAGAGCUGCAUUCCCUUUGGCAUUCCUCAUCUUUAACGUCUUUUACUGGGUUACCUACAAGAUUAUCCGGCAUGAGGACAUCCACAAAAAGUAAAGACUACAUUCUCAACAACUUUUUUUUUCAUUUCUCAGAUUGAGAAAUGCACACAAAGCACAGAGAGGUGCAAUGGGAAGCUGUGUUUUGAGAGGCACUGUGGGGAUGAUGGUGGUGUUCUUUCAGGGAUAAUGUACAAUGUUCAUGGAUUACACAGUAAUGCUCAUGUUCUAAUAAUGUGAAGAUUCUUGAGAUAGGGAAGCUUUAUUUGGUCAUGUACUGCUGCGUAAUCUUUUUAAAGAAUCUGGUGAGAGAGGUUUUAAAAUCAAGACUCAGCCACACGCUGGAGAAGACGGACCAAAAAUGUUCUUUAAUCAGUCCUUCUUGGCUCCUUUGAACUUAAGGAGCAAAGUGACAUUCCAUGGAUUUGUGACUGUAAAGUAGCUUAGCAAAAUUUCUUAUCGAGGAUGUUCUGACUGUUUUAUAGUGUACUCUUGUCAUGGCACUUCUUCUCUGUUUGUAAAAAAUACAGCUUCUAAACUCUACAAGCAGAGCACACACAGAUGCAUCAAACAUUUAGGCAGCAGCACACGUCUCAGGCAUGGGUGUGAACAAAGCAGAUGAAAAUCUGGGAUCUGGAAUUGGAUACUGCAUUUUUAUGAAAUACCUGAGGCCUUAGAUAUCAAAGAGUUGGUGAGAUGAAGUGCUUUGCUCUUCUAUUUUUUUCAUUCUCCUCAUGCUGAGUGAUCUAUCACAGCUGAAUGCGCCCUUUGAGCUUUUCUACCUGUGUCCAGACAGCCAAAGGUUCUUCUUAAUGUUGUUUAAUUUUUCUUAUGUAUAACAGAUGUCACCUAGUCAUUGCAAGCUUAUUUUUAGUGGAUUUUCUUUUGUUUGUUUUGUUGUAAUUUAUUGAAUAAACUAUCAUAUAAUUCACAAGCUGAUUUUGAACAAAUAUAUAGUUGAGCCCACAAACUCUGAUUGUGCACUAAAUUAUUCAGUGUUGUCAUAUGCCUAUGUUCACAUGAAUUUAUCUAUAUCCAGGUAAUUACUCCAGGUAUCUUAGGCAAUUUAGAGUUUAAGACCAUGUUUUUGUAAAUCUAGUAAAAUAAAAUAUUUAUUGUAUUGGGUGGGAGGUUCUGUUUAUAAAAUUAUAUCUUUAUGUGAACUUCUUCAGCUUCCACCAUGGACUGUUUUCCUUCACUUUGUGUGUUUGCUGAUGGGCUCAACAGUGAAGGACUGAUCUGCAUAAUGUUCAUGGUACAGAGCAGCUAAUGGAAAUUGCACUCCUGAUAUACUGUGGUGAAAAACUUUUCAUGAAUGCUCGUCAUAAAAUAAAAUAAAAAAUAUAUAUAUAUUUACCGGCCUGUGCAUCAAUAAAACUGACUGUGCACCAUAUUUACCUUAAAUCUCCUGUCAUUUAUAAUCAAAUAAUAAAUGUUCUUUGCAUUGUUCAAUAUUUUUAUACAGUUACUAAUGAAAAAGUUACUGAUGACUGCAUUGCUUUUUUCUCGUGCAAGAAAUGAAGAGAUGAAUGCUUUUCAAGAAAAAGCAAGAGAUAGAAAUGUACAAAUAUACUUUUUUCAUGGCUUUGCUUUCGGCAGUAAAUCAGGUCAAAGAAGACAAAAAACAAUGUUUCUUCUCCACACCAAGCUGAUAAGGCUGGGUGAUGACACGAGCCAUGGAUCGCUGGGUGGCCUGGGGCGACACAGAUAUGAUCUGACAGCAGGUUUACGUAAAUGCAUGAUGAGCCCAGUCCUGGGGUUUUUAAUGUUAUUGUAAAGUAUGAGUCAAAUUACACACUUUCAGUAUGUU